AUGAGGGGACAGACGGCAGGAUCUACAAUUGUUGAUCAAGGAGUGCAAGGAGGCGUACUCAUCAAACUCAUCAUAUUCAGCCUUUCGCUUGGUGUGAUUCCUAUUGGCUCUUACUUCAUAUCCGAGAAGUAUCUUUGGAAGGGCAAGAGGUCUUCCUACUCAGUCAUGCAGUCUUCUGACGACUUAUACGCAGGCAAUGCAACGUAUGCCGCCAUCACUGCCAUUAUAGCGGCAAAUCUCGUCUUAGUCGCCUACAUUGUUCUAUCUCUGAUUGAGGACCGCCAUGACCAAGAAGUUCUAUCCAUAGUGAAGGAUAAACAGUCGAGGAAGAACCAAUGA